AAGAAGUUACGCAGGGUCCUUGAAUGCAACACAACAUGAAGGUAUAGCCUGCAGUGACAGAAGGCACACAGUGUGCGCUGGAGUAAAUCCAACUUUAUGAUGGCGGCGUUUAGUUAUUUUGGUGUAAAAGACGGGCAGUAGUCGGUGGGAAACUCUGGCUUGACCAUCCCGACGUGAGUUGAGCCAUCAUGGGGACACGGUGGUCUCGUAGCGAGAGCAGCCUGUCGCUGCUCCCGGAGAGGCAGAGCUCUGUGCGGCGGGGAGAGGACAGAGACACCGAUAACGAGUCUCUGGAUGGGCACGUCAGGCGGGAGGACAUAGCUCAGUUCCCCUACGUGGAGUUCACCGGCAGGGACAGCAUAACGUGUCCGACAUGCCAAGGCUCGGGGCGGAUACCCUCAGAUCAAGUGAAUGAACUGGUUGCAUUGAUCCCAUACAGCGACCAAAGGCUGCGCCCCCAAAGAACGAAGCUGUAUGUGGUCCUGUCAGUUGUGUUGUGCCUCCUGGCGUCUUCGCUUGUGGCCUUCUUCCUCUUCCCUCGCUCCGUGAUUGUGGUGGAUGAUGGGAUACACUCGGUGACGGUGCGCUUUGACCACACCAACACGAAGGUUCAAAUGAACAUGACGAGCACUCUGAACCUCAGCAACCCAAACUUCUUCUCCGUGCUGGUGCAGAGUGUGAACUGCCAGGUCCUUUACAUGAAGACGGUGAUCGGCACUCAGCAGCUAAACAACGUCACCAACAUCCUGCCGCUGAGUCAGAGACAGGUGAACUACACAGUCAGUGUGGAGAUUGGAAGCAGUGCACCCUACGUCUAUGCCUUCUGCACCAUGCCCAGCAUUAAGGUCCACAACAUUGUUGUAUAUAUGCAAACCUCGGUGAAAACCUCAUACAUGGUGCGAACAUCCCAGAACAGCCUGGAGGCCUAUCGCUACAUAGACUGUGGCUCCAACAGCACACGGCACCUCUCCUCUGCCCAUCACAGCACCGCUCUGCUGUGAGAGGAACACACCACUUCUCUGGACGAGGUGACGGAGAUGUCAGCGCACACUCCAGGAUUUUGCCGACAUGACCACCAGCAAAAUACCAAAUGGUGCUUUCCUGUAAGCUGACACAGAACAGGGAACAUACUUAGCUGUUCACUCGUGCCUUUGGAUGACGAAGCUGGAGAACAGACAGGAAAAAGGCAACAGCUAUUUUUUUUUAACUGCACAUUGGUCUUUAUUGGCAGCAGAUAAAGGUUUUGUUGCAGUUGUUGUUGUGCAGAGAAUUUGUUGCCUGAGCAGCCACUUAUGGUUUGUACUUUGGGCCUGAUGAUAGCCUCAACUCAUCACGACUAAAAUCCAAGUCUAAAAAGGCAGUCUUGCUAUGUCAAACUUGCUGACAGAACGAGUCACAUGUUCUACUGGUGAGAACGGAGUGACAAAUUAAAUGAGUCAUUCCCAACGAGCGCUCGGCGGCUCCAGAUUUCGGACUCGAGACAAAUGUCAGAGAAGGCUUUUCUCUGUGAGGGGAAUGGCCGACAUUCCAAGCUCACAAUGACAGCGACGUGCCAGAGCAGCGAUAGCAUUCUAUUUUGCUCUCGCUUUAAUUAACGCUGCAGAGCUCUGUCUGUGUCAACUGCUGAUGUAACAUCAGGCGAGCUUUCUUCAGCAUUCUUCAGCGUAGCUUGAAUGACUUUUGGUUUUGUAACACUGUGUCGGACUGAAGGCAGCUGACUUCACGAAAAGGAGAAGUGAAGUAGCUGGCAUGCUGUUUUCUAUUUUGAGGGAUAAUUUAACGAGUGUUUUUGCACCUUGAAACUAGGACAAACUGUUGAACAUAUUGCUUUUUCCUGUGUUAUUUAACUGUUGCUGAAGUUGGGAAUGGCAUUGACACGUUUAACAUGUCGCAGAUGUUUUAAAUGAACCGAUAAGUUAUUUUUGGUAGCUCUCAUCGCAACAAGACUAAGCACACUGAUUUUAGAUUCAGGGUAUUUCAUCCAAAGAAGUGUCAUAAAGAGGAAUACUGUUCUCAGACCAGGGUUUCUUCAAGUAUCAGUAAAGCUCAUGGGUUGAUAUUAACUAGGUCACUGUGGAGUUAGUUACAGAGUCAGUCAGGUCCAAAGGUCUGUAUUGUUCACACUCCUGGCUGAGACACUGAAAGAGAAAUGUAAUAAGUGCUGUUAAACAUCUGUAUGCACCAUCCUGUCCACUGGGGCCUUAAAAAUCCAGAUGUGCAACAGCAAACAGCAUUUAAAUAUCAUGUGUGUUUGUCAGACUGUAGUAGACCUACACUGUGACUUCCUCUGCCUUAUCCUUCAUCUGUGUGUUUUAAUCAGCUCCUCCCCCAUCUGUUCUCUACAGACGUGUGUGAUAAGGUUGAUUUCACAUUUCACUUCAUUUUUAAAGGGACAGUUGUUUGUAAAUUUUGAAUGAAAGGUUUUACUAGUUUGGGUUUUUUUUUAAAUUCAGUAUAUAUUGUCUUGCUAAACGAAAUAUUAAAGGGACGUGUGAUUAAAUAAAACUAAUUAUGAACCAGUA